AUGGGCUCACUCAAACGAAAGGAAGCCCCGGGUGGCGAUAUUCCCUCCAAGAAGGCAAAGUCUUCCAAGGAUACCCGACCAGCCAAGUCCGACAAGCCGUCAACCUCGAUCAGAGAUGGCGCCGACAGCCAGAAGCGGGCCAGCUCCGGUGCUGAUGCACCCAAGUCGGUCAUUUCUAGCAUCCUCAAGGACGAAGAGCCCAUGUUCCCUCGUGGUGGCGGCAGCGUCCUGACGCCGCUUGAGCAGAAGCAGAUUCAACUUGAGGCGAAAGCCGAUGCCUUGAGAGAGGGCGAAUUCGAUACCGAGGAGAAAACCAAGCACAAGAAAGAAAAGAGGAGGAAGUCCAAGCUCGGCGCCUUUGAAGAUACCAAGAAGAAGUCCUCGUCAGAUGAGGAUGGGACCAAGAUUGAGGCCCUGAACUACAAGCGUCUCGCAAAGGGAUCUGUUGUCCUCGGUCAAGUCUCUGCCAUUUCUCACCACAACAUCACCAUCGCAUUGCCCAACAACCUCAGUGGCAAUGUAUCAAUUGCCGCCAUUUCCAAUGUCGUCACGGCGAAGAUCCAGCAAGCAGCCGAGGCCUCGGACGACGACGACAGCGCCGACGAGAACGACGAUGACGACGACAUUGAGCUAAACUCGCUCUUCGAAGUCGGCCAGUACGUCCGUGCCUACGUCCUCUCUACUAAGGAAGGCGAAGGCUCAGGAAAGAAGAACCACAUUGAGCUGUCACUGCGCCCCGAAGACGCCAAUUCCGGCAUGUCGAAGAAUGAUGUAGUCGCCAACGCUACCGUCAUGGCGGCCGUCACCAGCGUUCAGGACCAUGGUUAUGAGAUGGAACUGGGAGUCGACAACAAGAAGCUCAAGGGCUUUCUGCCGAAGAAGGAUGUCGGCUCUGAAGUCGAUGAGUUGAGACUUCAGCCCGGCGCGGUGUCUCUCUGCCUUGUCAAGAGUGUCUCGGGCAAGAUUGCCCAGCUUUGCCUGGACUCGGAGAAGCUGGGAAAGGCCGACAACAUUGCUACCGAGGCCACCACCGUCAACACUUUCCAGCCGGGCACCGUGGUGGACGUUCUGGUCACGAGCACCACCGGUCGCGGCCUCCUCGGCAAGAUCCUAGGUCACCUCCCAGUCACUGCCGACCUCAUUCACUCCGGUGCCGGUCCUGACGCUGUGGACCUCGAUGCGAAGUACAAGGUCGGGUCGCGCGUCAAAGCCCGCGUCAUCUGCACAUUCCCCAACGCAAAGAACCCCAAGCUCGGCAUCUCGCUGCUCCCUCAUAUCAUCAAGCUGCAAGCGAAGAAGGCCGGCAAAGGCGGGCAAGCCAAGCCCCCCCUCAACGUACUGCCCAUCGCUGUCCGCGUUGACAAGUGCAUUGUACGCAAGGUUGAGCCUGAGAUCGGUCUUUACGUCGACGUCGGCGUCGCAGGGCUGUCUGGCUUCGUCCACAUCUCAAAGGUCAAGGAUGGCAAGGUUGAGGCGCUCUAUGAGUCGAGCGGCCCGUUUAAGGAGGGUUCUGUUCACCGUGGUAGGGUCAUUGGCUACAGCGCCUUCGAUGGCAUGUACUUGAUGACGUUUGAGCCUACCAUCAUCGAGCAGCAAUUCAUCCGUCUGGAGGAUGUGCCUGCCGGUGAAAUUGUUAGCUGCACGAUCGAGAAGGUGGUCGUUGGUGGGCAGGGCGUCAGCGGCUUGGUCGUCAAGGUUGCUGAAGGCAUCACCGGUUAUGUCCACGAAACGCACUUUGCCGAUGUUCGCCUGCAGCACCCUGAGAAGAAGUUCCGCGAAGGCAUGACCGUCAAAGCUCGCGUCCUGUCCGUUCGUCCCAGGAAGCGACAGAUGCGGCUGACACUGAAGAAAACGCUGGUCAACUCGGAUACGCCCAUCAUCAAGAGCUUUGAUGAGGUUGAAGUCGGGCAACAAGCUCUUGGCACCAUCAGCGACAUCUCACCUCACGGCGCCCGCAUCGAGUUCUACAAGGGUGUCCGGGGCUGGCUGCCUGUCUCUCAAAUGAGCGAGGCAUUUAUCCAGGACCCCAAGGAGCACUUCAAGGUCGGCCAGGUCGUCAACGUUCACAUUCUCGAAGUCGACCCAGAGAACCAGAAGUUGCUGGUAUCUUGCAAGGACCCGUCCGCUUUCGGCCUCGACAAGCAGGCUGCGCUCAAGGCCCUAUCUGUGGGGUCGAUCGUGUCGGGCAAGGUGAUUCAGAAGUCUGACGACGAUGUUCACGUUGAGCUUGAUGGAUCCAACCUCAAGGCUAUCCUGCCCCUUGGCCAGCUUACUGACAAAUCUGCCAACAAGAGCCAGUCUGCCCUCAAGAGGAUACACAUGGGCCAGACCCUCACCGACCUCCUGGUCCUCGACAAAAAUGAACGUCGCCGCGCGAUCACCCUGAGCUCCAAGCCUAGCCUCGUAGAGGCUGGCAAGACAGACAAGCUUAUCCGCACGUACGCUGACGCCAAGGUUGGCGCCGAGGUGCCUGGUUUCAUCAGCUCCAUCCGACCCGGCGCAGUCCUUGUUCGAUUUGGCGGUAACCUCGUCGGUGUCAUGUUCAAGACGAGACUUCCCGUCGAGGAUCAAGAAAAAGAGGGCUUUGGUUUGCGCAAGGAUCAGAGCAUCACCGUCCGGAUCCGUGCCAUUGAUCUCGAGAGGACCCGUCUCGUCGUCGACCCUUUGACAGCAGAGCUUCCAAGUAACGAGGUGAAACCCAAGAAGGAGAAGGAGUCCGCCAGGCCCCAGGCCCACGGUCCCGUGCAGGACAUCACAUUCGGCCAGAUUGUCGAGGCUAAGAUUGUUGGCAUCCACGACACUCAGUUGAAUGUCGAGACCGCAGACAAGGUCCAGGGCCGAGUCGAUAUUUCCCAGAUUUUCGAUUCUUGGGACAAAAUCAAGGAUCCCGAAGAGCCGCUUUCUCAGUUCAAGAAAGGUGACACCGUUCGUGUCCGCGCGAUCGGUCUUCACGACUCAAAAGACCACCGUUUCCUUGCCUUCUCUCACCGGUCCUACAACUCCGUCCUCGAGUUCACCGCCAAGGCCAGUGACAUUGAGGCCGAUGUACUCAAGCCUUUGUCCCUGGAAGAUCUCGAGGUUGGCUCCACGCACGUCGCCUUUGUCAAUAACGCCUCCCGCAACGGGCUUUGGGCCAACAUCUCGCCCGUCGUCCGCGGUAGGAUCAACGCCAUGGACGUGUCCGACGACACGUCCAAGAUCAACGACGUUAUCAACAACUUCCCCAUCGGCACCGCGCUCAAGGUGCGCGUCAUCGCCGUCGAUGCGAAGCGCGGUGUCCUCGACCUAUCAGCUCGCUCUGACUCUUCUGCAGCCGUUACCUGGGACAGCAUCAAGCCGAACCAGGUCCUUGCCGGCUGUGUAGUCAAGGUCAACGAGCGUCAGAUCAUGGUAAAGCUUGGUUCAAACGUUGCCGGUCACGUUCACCUUGUCGACAUGAGCGAUGACUUUGGUGACGUUAACACUCUCAAGUACGAUGAGGGCGACGCCAUUCAGGUCUCUGUCGUGGAAGUGGACAAGAGCAACAAGCGCGUCCGCCUCUCGACUCGUCCCUCUCGCGUCCUGAACUCAUCGUCUCCCAUCACCGAUUCCGAGAUCACAAGCGUCAAGCAGGUCGUCUCCGGCAGCACCGUCCGUGGUUUCGUCAAGCACGUAGCCGACAAGGGCGUCUUUGUGCUGCUCGGUGGCAGCGUCUCCGCUCUCGUCAAGAUCUCCAACCUUUCCGACCGUUUCCUCAAGGAGUGGAAGGAGCACUUUCAGGUUGACCAGCUCGUCAAGGGUCGCGUUCUGUCCGUUGACGAGGGCGCCGGCCAGGUUGAGCUGAGCCUGAAGAGCUCCGUCGUUGAUGACAACUACAAGCCCCUGAAGACCUACAAAGACAUCAAGCCUAACCAGAUUGUCACCGGCAAGAUCCGUAAGGUGGAGGACUUUGGUGCCUUCAUCGUCGUCGAUGGAUCUGACAACGUCAGUGGCCUGUGCCACAGGAGCGAGAUGGCGGACAGCCCUGUCGAAGACGCCAGGAAGCUCUACCAAGCCGGCGACGUCGUCAAGGCCAAGGUCCUUACAUUGGAUCGCAACAAGAAGCGCAUUUCUUUCGGUCUGAAGCCCGCGUACUUCGACGAAGAUGUCGAUAUGGACGAGGGCGAGGGCGCUGGUCUUGAUUCCGACAAUGAAGAUGAGGAGGAUGUUGACAGCGACGAGGGUGAGGAUCUGGCAGAAGGCGGAGCGUCCAUCAAGUUCAUGGGCACCGACAAUCUGGAGGACUCGGACGACGAGCAAGACCAUGCCGACUCGGACUCGGACGUGGAUGAGGAUGGCGACGUGGACAUGUCUAUGGAGCAGAACGGACUCAGCAACGGAAAAUACGACUGGGAUGGCGACGCAUUUGACGACUCUGACAAGGAGACCCGGUCAGCGCCCGCCAAGAGCAGCGCGUCGAAGCAGAAGGAGACGAAGAAGCCCAAGACGGACGAGAUCCAGGUCGACCGCACGGUCGCGCUGGAUGCCAACGGACCCCAGACGGCCAGCGACUAUGAGCGUCUGCUGCUUGGUCAGCCCGACUCGUCCGCUCUUUGGAUCGCGUACAUGGCGCUGCAGAUGCGGGUCAGUGAGCUGACCAAGGCGCGUGAGAUUGCCGAGCGGGCCAUCAAGACGAUCAACAUUCGCGAGCAGACCGAGAAGCUCAACGUGUGGAUCGCGUACCUCAACUUGGAGGUGGCCUACGGCACCAAGACGACCGUCGAGGAGGUGUUUCAGCGGGCAUGCCAGUACAACGAUGACCAGGAGAUUCACGAACGGUUGGCAACCAUCUACAUCCAGUCUGGAAAGCACAAGAAAGCAGAUGAGCUCUUCCAAGCUACGGUCGCCAAGUUCGGCUCCAAGAACCCCAACCUCUGGACCAACUAUGCUCACUUCCUCCACGCUACGCUCAACCAGCCCGACCGCGCGCGCGCUCUUCUGCCCCGCGCGACGCAGGCCCUCGGCGAGCAGCACACGGCGGCCCUCAUGGCCAAGUUCGGCUCGCUCGAGUUCCGCUCGCCCAACGGCGACGCCGAGCGCGGUCGCACGACGUUCGAAACGCUGCUGGCGACGUGGCCGAAGCGGUUCGACCUGUGGAACCAGCUCGUCGAUCUCGAGAUGGCGGCGCCGGGCGCCGACGCGACCGCCGUGCGCGACGUGUUCGAGCGCGGCACAAAGGUCAAGGGUCUCAAGGCGCAGAGGGCCAUGAAAUGGUUCAAGAGAUGGGCUGAGUGGGAGGGCAAGACGGAUCCCAAGGGCAAGGAGCGAGUUAUGGCCAAGGCGGCCGAAUGGGUGACGGCUGCCAAGGCAAGAAAGGAGGCCGGGGCUGCUGAGGACGAAGAUAUGGAAUAG